AUGAGGGCAACUCUCGUUCGACUCAACAUCACGCGCCUAACAUUAUUCACGCGAGUCAACUGCGGACUGUGUGAUACAGCCAAAACCCGCAUUCAGGAGUUCCAAAAAAGGAGACCAAAAAUUGACUACUCAGAAAUCGACAUCUCAGCCCCGGGACAGGAUAAAUGGCGGAAUGUCUACGAUUUUGAUGUUCCUGUUCUACACAUUGACAAAAACUUGGGUCAAGCCGAUACGACGACUCUAGAGGCUGCGAAGAAACUCAUGCACCGUUUCACUGUGGAAGAGAUCGAAUCGGCAGUUGCUGAAGUCGAGAAGAGCACGUCUUGA